AAAGGAGCUAAUAGUGGAUCUGAGGAGGACAAAAACACCUGUGACCCCUGUUUCCAUCCAGGGGGUCCCUGUAGACACUAUGGAGGAGUAUAAGUACCUUGGAGUGUAUUUUAACAAUGAGCUGGACUGGACAAGAAACACCGAGGCGGUCUACAAAAAGGGCCAAAGCCGACUCUUUUAAUUUGGACCAGGAGCGCCACCACACGGAGGAGAACAAGACACGCCUUUGUUAUUACUGCGUGGCCCUGAUGCUGCUGAAGGCGCACGUGAAGCCGUGGGUGGUGGAAAACCUGCAGCUACAACUUCCCGGUCGUCUCCAGCCAGGACGCAUGCCUCAUUGCUGCGCGAGACGCAAACCUCCUUUCCAAGACAGCAAUGAGAGCACUUCUGGGGUAUCUCGGAAUUGCCCAGGACGAGCAGGACCCCCCCCCCCCUCACGUCUGACCCCUCAGGAGUUGGCGAUGGUGGCCACCGACCUCAACAGUUUGGCCAGCAGCCCCUCUGGCCGCGAUCCGGAGCGCAAGCGGCCGCAGGAAACCAGCCCCGGAGAGAGCACGGAAGUGGGCGCCUUUUUCCAGGAGUUUCCUGUGACAUUACACAGACAGACGCCCACAAAGAAGCAGAGGCGAGAGAAGGGCUUCUCCGCGGACAGGGCGCUGUAUGAUAGAUGGAGGAUUCGUCAGCGAAAGCUCAGACAGACACACCUACUCUCCUACUGGACCCGACAAAAGCCCUCUGUCCACACGGUCCAGGGUUACAUCAGGAGCUCGGGCUUGAACUCAAACUGCAUCUCUGCCUGGGAGGUCGUAGAGGGCUGGACUCCGCCACCUAAAGUGGACCUGAGAAAGGACUCAGACCUGAUAGGGCACAUAGAACAACAGAGGAGGCCUGGACUAACCAUUGCGGAGAGCAAAAAGCCCAGAGCAGGCAACGGGGUCUUUGCCACGAAGGACUUCGCCAGAGGCGCUGUUGUCUGCGACUACCACGGACCGGUAGUCAGCGCCGAAGAGGGCAGGCGCGUGCUGGAGGCACUGCAACCCGGCGAGGGGAGCUACAUCUUCUUCUUCAAGGCUGGGGAGCAGAAACUUUGUGUCAAUUCACAAGUGGCGCCUUGCCAAUGCCACCCAGACAAAGCCACCUUUGGGAGGAUGAUAAACCACUCCACCAAAAAACUAAAUGUCAAAGGGAUGGUUUUCCAUGUCCCAGGUGAGGCCCUGCCCGUGCUUCUCAUUAAAGCCGCACGGGACAUAAAGGCUGGCGAGGAGCUCCUUAUUGACUAUGGGGUGACCCAAAGGUCAUUUGGUGGGGAGGCUCAGGGUCUCUCGUGGCUGGACAGUUAAACCUAGCUCCCACAAUCUAACCCUCUCACACACAGCUAAGUUGUGUGUAUGUGUGUGUGUGUUUCUGCAGAGGUUGCAAUGGUUUCGUUUGUUUUUAUGUUGUUAUAUUUUAUUUAUUGAAUAAUAUAGAAAAUAAACCAUUUUCAGUCCUUC